GAGACGACGACCGACGACGACGACCCCCAUCCCCUCACGAACCACCGACCAGUUCAACAACUCGCCACAAUGUCGUCCGGAAAGGUUAAGGCUGGCCAGCUCUGGGGAAAGAACAAGGAGGAGCUCCAGAAGCAGCUCGAAGAGCUGAAGACCGAGCUCGUCAGCCUUCGCACCCAGAAGAUCGCUGGCGGUGCUUCCUCCAAGCUCACCAAGAUCCACGACGUCAGGAAGUCGAUCGCCCGCGUCCUCACCGUCAUCAACGCCAGCCAGCGCAACCAGCUGCGCCUGUUCUACAAGGGCAAGAAGUACCUGCCUCUGGACCUCCGCUCCAAGAAGACCCGCGCCAUGCGCAGGCGGUUAACGAAGCACGAGGCUUCCCUCACCACCGAGAAGCAGAAGAAGAAGCAGAUCCACUUCCCCCAGAGGGUCUUCGCCGUCAAGGCUCAGGCGUAAGCCUUUGGUCCGGGGUGUUGUCUUCGGUUUCUUCUAGCAUUUCGUUGCGCGGGCUAUCGGAUCGGUCACCACACGGCGGGGUAAAUCAGCGAUGUUGUACCUAAAGCAAAACGUCAGGAUGGCCUAAAAAGAGCAAAGUUACGACAAAGCAAAGCAAAGCCAAUGGUCUGGUCGAUUUGUCCGUGCCCAUUCUUUUCCCGAAUUGAGUGCCCGAGCGAAGAGGGAAGAAAGCGUGGAAGGCGUGUGGAUGUUGUUGUUGUUGUUUGUCCGUCGGUGUUGCGUGUGUGUGCUUACCUACACAGCGAGAUGAGGAUUCCAAACAUACUCGUGGUUUGGCCGUUUGCGCUGCGCCGAGGAACACAUCCA